GUAUGUGUGUGUGCGCGCGCGUGUGUGUGUAUGUGUGCGUGUGUGUACGCUUGUGCGCGCGCGUGUGCGUGUGUGUAUGUGUGUGAGUACGGAGCUAUAGCUCCACAGCCUCAUUCCCUUCCUGUCCCAAGACUAUGAAGUCCUUUGUGUGGCCGCUGCCCCUGGCUCUAGGUCUGGCUCUGGCCCUGACCCUGGGAGAGAUCCUUGCAGGGCCAGUCAAGUCUCCCUACCAGCUUGUACUCCAACACAGCCGGCUCCGAGGCAGGCAGCACGGCCCCAAUGUCUGUGCUGUGCAGAAGCUCAUUGGAACCAACAAGAAGUACUUCACAAAUUGUAAACAGUGGUACCAGAGGAAGAUCUGUGGAAAAUCCACAGUUAUCAGCUAUGAAUGUUGUCCUGGCUAUGAAAAGGUCCCUGGAGAAAAAGGCUGCCCUGCUGCGCUGCCCCUCUCAAACAUUUAUGAGACCUUGGGUGUUGUUGGAUCGACUACCACUCAACUCUACACUGACAGGACGGAGAAACUGAGACCUGAGAUGGAAGGCCCAGGAAGUUUCACAAUCUUUGCUCCCAGCAAUGAGGCCUGGGCUGCUCUGUCUGCUGAAGUUCUGGAUUCCUUGGUCAGCAAUGUCAACAUUGAACUACUCAAUGCACUUAGAUACCACAUGGUUGAUAGACGAGUCUUGACUGAUGAGCUGAAACAUGGGACAACACUCAUCUCUAUGUACCAGAAUUCAGAUAUCCACAUCCAUCAUUAUCCUAAUGGGAUUGUUACUGUCAAUUGUGCUCGACUGCUGAAAGCAGACCACCAUGCUACCAAUGGUGUGGUUCAUCUCAUAGACAAGGUCAUUUCUACUACUACCAAUAGCAUCCAACAGAUCAUUGAACUUGAAGAUACAUUUGAAACCCUUAGGGCUGCUGUGGCUGCAUCAGGCCUUAAUACUCUGCUAGAAGGUGAUACUCAGCUCACUUUCUUAGCUCCCACUAAUGAAGCAUUUAAGAAGAUCCCUCAAGAAACCCUGAACCGUAUCCUGGGUGAUCCUGAAGCACUGAAAGAUCUCUUAAACAACCACAUCCUGAAAUCAGCUAUGUGUGCUGAAGCUAUCAUUGCAGGCCUGUCCAUGGAGACUCUUGGGGGCAACACCCUAGAUGUGGGCUGUAAUGGUGACAUGCUCACUAUUGAUGGGAAGGCCAUUAUUUCAAAUAAGGACAACUUGGCAACCAAUGGAGUCAUCCAUUAUGUGGAUGAAUUGCUGAUUCCAGACUCAGCUAAGACUCUAUUUGAAUUGGCUGUUGAGUCUGAUGUUUCAACAUCUGUUGACCUUUAUAGACAAGCUGGCCUUGAUUCUCAUCUCUCUGGAACAGAACACUUGACUCUUCUUGCCCCUCUGAAUUCUGUAUUCAAAGAUGGUGUCCCUUAUGUAGAUGCCAAUAUGAAGAAUUUGCUUCUGAAUCACAUUAUUAAAGAUCAGCUAUCUUCUAAGUAUCUGUACCAUGGACAGAUCCUGGACACUCUGGGUGGGAAGAAACUGAGAGUUUUUGUUUACCGUAAUAGCCUCUGUAUUGAGAACAGCUGCAUUGCAGCUCAUGACAAGAGGGGAAGAUUUGGCACUUUGUUUACUGUGGACCAGAUGUUGACACCACCAAUAGGGACCAUCAUGGAUGCUCUUAAAGUUGACAAUCGUUUCAGCACAUUGGUGGCUGCCAUUCAAACUGCAGGUCUGACAGAAACUCUCAACAGAGAAGGUACCUACACCAUCUUUGCCCCAACAAAUGAAGCCUUCCAGGCCCUACCACCAGAGGAACUGAAUAAAUUCAUGGGAAAUGCUAAAGAACUUGCCAACAUUCUAAAAUACCAUAUUGGGGAUGAGAUCUUGGUGAGUGGAGCUAUUGGGGCUCUGGUGAGGUUAAAAUCUCUACAAGGUAGCAAACUAGAAGUCAGCUCGAAAAAUUCUGUUGUUAAUGUCAACAAAGAACCUGUUGCAGAAACUGACAUCAUGGCCACCAAUGGGGUCAUCUAUGCUAUCAAAAAUGUUUUGCAAAUUCCAGCCAACACUCCUAGGAAUCUAAGACAUGUGCCUUCAACCUCUGAGCUAAAAAUCUUCAAGUCCCCACUACUAAGGACUACUAGAAGAUAUCGAAGAGGAUGAUGCCUAAGCCAACGGACUUUUAGAAGAAUGUGUCAUAACAACUCCCAAUCACAAACAACAUUGGUUUGCAGAAGAAACCAAUCAAACACUUCAUUAUCCAGGGACUGCCUCUAAAACAGAGUGGUCUCAAAGUACCGCUGAUAGGGGAAGAAUGUGAAUAGGGGGGGACAUAUAUUUCAUGGCCACAAGCACAUUUACAUAACAAAUCUUUAACAUCACUGUGUGAUUCACAUUUUAAAAUGAAAAUUACAAAACACAUAGUCAAAAAUAAAACAAGUGUUCUUUCUGAGAAGCAUAGAAAUUAUUUGGAAAAACUUACCCAACAUUCUAUGGACCAUAUUUGAUCAGAGCACUAGUAGCAGCCACAUUUUUGAAUUGAUUUCCACCAUCAUUUCAUUUAGAGUUCCUUAUUCUGAAAGCCUAUUUCAAUUUGGAAAACAAGUAUUAUAAGCUAUGGUUUGAAUGAUUCUGUUCUUUGUGUUCUGUGUCUCCUAGGGUUUGAGCAUUUCUGUGUUAUUAUCCCCGGAAUGUAAAAAAGGGGUGGGUCUGUAAAGUGUGUGGACAUAAACUUCCCUGGAAGAAGUAUGGUAAUGACACAAUUUGUAAUAAUAAAACAAAAGAAAUUAUAA